AUGCUGUUUACGGGGCAGUCCGGCCCAAGUCCAGUCAGUCACUUUUGAUCAUAUCACAAAACGGCGCGACAAAACCAACUGAAGAAUAUCUACAGUUAGUCAAAUUUACAUUCCAUCGCAGCACAUCCCCAUCACCCUCUCUCCGACGAGGAGCUUGUCCGAAAUCACUACCCAGCAUGUCGUACAACCCGCGCAUGAGCAUCAUCCCCCCGACGCAAACCCAGUCGCGAACUCGCAAGAAAGAAGAUGAAGCCGACGCGUUCAUGCGCCUCCCCGACAAGGAGAUUGUCGGGUGCAUAACAGACAUCGGCAUCCCCUUCACUGUUGCAGAUCUCCAGAAGCCCAACCCUCUCCAAGUCCAGAUGAUCUUCGAAUGGUUCGCCGAGCUGCUCCUCAACGCGACGAGGGACACGGUCGAGCCCGCCAUGCGCGCCGCCGCCGAGGACAUCUGCGGCGAAUACUCCGACGUCGUCCCCCCGGACACCCGCAACCUGAUGGGCUUCUACGUCUCCCUGCGCGGCCUGCUUGCCGAGUGUGGUGUGCAGGACUUCAGCUUCAAUGAUCUUUACAAGCCGUCGUACGACCGCCUCGUCAAGAUCUUCAGCUACCUCAUCAACUUUGUGCGCUUCCGCGAGUCGCAAACCAGCGUCAUCGACGAGCAUUUCAACAGGGCGGAGACGACCAAAUCCCGCAUCGAGAGCCUGUACUCGGAGAACCAAGAGAUGGAGUCGCGCCUUGUCGACAUGAAGCGCAAUCGCAAGGCCAUGGAAGCCCAGGUGCGCGAGAAGACGACGCGUAACGAGGAACUGAAGCAGAGGCUUCUGGAAUUGCGUCGCAAUCAGGAGCGCGUGGCGGCCCGUUUGGAAGACGCCAAGGUCAAGAAGACGGAGCUCACAACUGCACUGGAAGAGAAGACGGCGCAGAAGCUGGGCUUGAAGCAAGACUGCACGAAGCUGCGGCCCUACGUCAUGCAGAGCCCCUCGACGUUGCAGGCUACCCUCACGGAGCUGAGCAACACGCUCAACAGCGAAAAGGCGCACAUCGAGGCCCUCGACCGCCGCUCCCGUGCGCUGCAGACUUCGGCCGAUUCGUUCUCGGUCGUGUCCACGGACGUGGCCUCCUGCAUCAAGGUGCUCGACGAGAUCGGUGUCGAGCUGGCCAAAGAGGAGGAGGAGAACCUGAAGAACGUUAAGCAGCGGGAUGCUCUAUCGGAGCGCGGCAACAACGUGCGAGAAGUCGAGCGGACCGAGGCGCUGCUGCAGCGACAGCUGCUCAAGUGGAAUGAGCGUACCGAAAAGCUCCGCGAGCAGAGUUCUGCCAAGGCCCAGGAGGCCAAGGAGAAGAUGGAGGAGCUCCGUGCCGUCCACCGCAAGCUGACGGAAGAGCGUACGGACAAGGGCAAGGAUAUCGAGAGGCGGCGUGUCCGCAUUGAGCAGACCGAGAAGAAGAUGCUGGACCUCAAGGAGAACAUCGAGAACGAGAUCCACAGCGCCUACGAUGAGUUUCUCAAGAUGGACUCCCACAUCAAACUUUACAUCACCGAGAUGGAGCAGGCCCUCUAAGGCCCGGCCUCGUCUUGUUUUUUUCUUUUCUUUUCUUUCCAUCUUGUCUUUCAUGGUCGGUUUCUGUCGAUUUGCAACGAGGACAUGACUUAAAAGGAUACCACGGGCUCGGCGUUGAUGGGUGCAAUAAGGGACGCUGGUUCAUGGUGGGAGGCAAUGGCUGAGGAUUUUCCUCCUCGGUUUCUUUAAUCGUUCACGAUAUAUAUUCAGGUUGAUGUUCAUCUCC